AUGCGCAACCCCGAAUUGGAACCGGACUUCUCAGAACGAGCCAGCAAAAGGCGACGCCUUUCUUCCCCGACGCAGGAAGGCUCAUAUGCAACCAUGAGCCCCGCCAUGCCUACUAUCGAGCUCACUCCGCUUGAGAGCACCCUACGAACCCUACUUCUCGAUGUCGCACAAUACAUCACCGAGCAGCAAACCACCAAGGAAGGUAUUGCUGUGAAUGAUCACUCCGAGACUGUCUUGCGCUUCACAGGUGGGUGGGUCAGGGACAAGCUGCUCGGAAUAGGGAGCCAUGAUGUCGACGUGGGCAUCAGCAACAUGACGGGAUAUCAGUUUGGUAUGGCCCUGAAGGACUAUCUGGAUAUUCCAGAGAAUCUUGAAAAAUACAAAAAAGGUCCGAAUGGGGAAAUGCACGACGCCAUUGUGAGCCUUCACAAGAUCGAGGCCAACCCAGAAAAGUCAAAGCACCUCGAGACCGUCACAACCAAGAUCUUCGGCCUGGAUAUUGAUUUGGUCAAUCUGCGCAAGGAAACAUACACAGAUGACAGUCGAAAUCCUCAGAUGGAGUUCGGUACCGCUGUCGAAGACGCUCUGAGACGCGAUGCAACUAUCAAUGCGCUUUUCUACAAUCUUAAUGAGUCACGGCUCGAGGAUCUCACUGAGAGAGGAUUGGACGACAUGAAGAAAAACACUAUUCGAUGCCCGAUGGAACCAUACCAAACUUUCAAAGAUGACCCACUGCGUGUGCUUCGAUUGAUCCGCUUCGCGAGUAGACUGGGGUACCGAAUUGAGCCCGAAACUGAAGCUGCUAUGCAGAUUGAAGAUAUUCGUGAGGCAUUGAAGCUCAAAAUCAGUAAAGAGCGAGUGGGAGCCGAGCUGGAAAAGAUGUUGCGUGGCUCCGACCCUCGCGGUGCAUUGCAGUUCAUUGAUCGUCUCCAACUGUUUCCCACUAUAUUCGCUAAUCAUCAGGACGACGUCAAGGCUGAUACAUCGACAUGGCCCCUUGCCUACAAUACUUUGGCACGAUUGCUGCAUCCAGAGGCUGGUGACAGCGAAGAACUUCGGACAGUUACUAAGCGCCUUCGUGAAAUCUUAUUCCGCGACGAAACUACCAUAUACUAUGCCUGGAUGAUUGCAACCUUCGCUCCUUGGACUUCGAUCCCUGGCCGUGCCGGGAAAGGAACCAAACCUGUGCCCCCGCGAGCAGUUGAGGUUGGCAGGGACAGCCUUCGCAGUGAUAACAAGACCCUCAAUGCGCUCCGCGCUGCUGCUCUGCAUUACAAGGACACAAUUGCGAUCAAGACAUGUCUUCUCGCCAACGAAUUGAGUGGAACACCGGCGGAAAUUCGACAACGCAUUGGGUUGCAAAUGCGGUCGUGGAAUAAGGACUGGAAGCUUUGUAUUCUCCUGGCCAUCCUGCAAGAAAACAUGGCGCUCCGUGACUUUGCAGAAGGUAAAACCCAUCCCUUGAUGAUAAUCUCCCCAUUCUUACGAUUUGUAGUGGCCCGUGAAUACGACCAGUUCCUUGCGUAUAUUGUAGAAAACGAUCUGGAGGGUGUUUGUGAUCUCAAGCCCAUUGUAAAUGGCGACGAAAUUAUGAAAAGUCUGGGGGCCAAAAAGGGACCUUGGAUGUCCAAGGCAGUUAACAUGGCUCUGGAAUGGCAACUUCUUCAUCCUGAUAGCACCGACAAGGAAAAGGUGCUGGAAGAGAUUGCGGGUCGACGAGCAGAAUUGAUGUGA